CUGUUAUCUUUUAAUGGCUUAUACCUAUUUGCCAAUUCCCAUUACUUCAUUUUAUAGAAUUAAAUUUUAAAUUACACCUACCUAUCGAUGGUAGAUUAUUAAAAUAAUUAUACUUCAGGUUGAGAUUCUUCGGGAAACACAUUUUCUUUCAGUCAAUUGUCAAAGAUAAGAAUUCAGCAUAAAGCGAGAUUUAAUUUCAAUACUAAAAUUGUUGUUUUUUUUUUAUAGUUUGAAUAAUUAUUUUUGUUAGUUAAUUGUUAUCAUUGUGAUUGUAUACUAAAUUCGUGUAUUUAUAUUUCUAUGCGUCCAAUGUCGUCAUCUAAGUAUAAGAACUAUGAUGUCUGUGCUGACUGCAGUGCUCCAGAUCCUAGUUGGGUGAUCGUUAAUCGUGGGCUAUUUGUUUGCAACGAGUGUUGUAGUGUUCAUCGCAGCUUAGGACGACAUAUAUCACAAAUCAAAUGCCUAAACGCCGACUGGUGUCCUUCCACUUUAAACAUGGUGAGAACUUUACAUCAAGCUAAUGUUAAUACCCUUUGGGAACACGCACUAAGUGAUAAUAAGAAUCACAAAAAAAAACCUACACCUAAAGAUCCAAUAAAUAUUAAAGAAGAUUUUAUCCGUGCCAAACAUCGACAACAAGCGUUUAUAUUGAAAAGUAGCGAUACCAGGGAAGAUCUAAACCAACAACUACAUUCCAGUGUUCGAACGUCGAAUUUAGAAACAAGUCUUCGGAUCUUAGCGCAAGGAGCCGAUGCAAAUUAUUAUCAUCCGGAUAAACGUAAUUACCCGCUACACGUGGCAGCUAAAGCAGGUCAACUAUUACAAGUUGAACUGUUACUUGUUUAUGGCGCUGAUCCUUGUGCUGUCGACUUCAAUGAAAAUACUCCGGCAACGUGUGCCAAGUUAGCAGGCCAUAAAGAAAUAAACGAGAGACUGAAUAAUAGUUUGUACGAAGUAUUGGAUUCUCUUUCCAUGUAUGUAUUUGGACGGAAACCCGAUCACAAAAAUGGUGAACACAUGAUUGCGAUUGAUUGCACUGACGAGAACACCAUGGACGAAAACUAUCAAGAGGGAAUUAAGAAAAUGCAACAACUUCCAAAUUAUUUAUUUGAAGAUUUAGUAUUAGAUGUCUACGACGAAGUUGACAGAAGAGAAACAGAGAAAUAUUGGCAAGAAAAAAAAUCCCCGGAUCAUAUGUCUGUACCAUUUCUACCGGUUAAUCCUGAUUUAUCGUCAAUGAAAAAUCAAGGACGGCAAAAACUAGCGUGUUAUGCGCAAAAAGAGUUUAAAUUUCUUGUGACACAUAUACUAAUUGAAAUAAACAAACGAAAUCAACCUGUGAACAAAUUCAUCACUAAACUAAAAUAUGAUGAUGACGAACCUUUGUACGAUCACGUGGCAUCUGACGAAGACUAUGCUACGCCAGAGCAAAUUGCUGCCAUGAUGGCUUCCCAUAAGCUGAAGUCAAAAACGAUUGAAAACAUAUCACCAACAGAAAACUGUAUACCACAAGAAGAUGCGAUGAGCUCAAAAAUAACUAGUUUAAACCAAUCAAUUACACCUAGUUCACAGAUACUAAACGGAAACUCGCUUGAAACAAAACUGUCUGAAUCCGAAGCUCAAAUUUCAAAGUUAGUGUCGGAAAUUGGCUGGUUGAAAAAAAAAGUAGAAGAAGUGACGAAAGAAAAUUCCGAAUUGAAAUGUGAGGUAAUUAGACAACGACAGCCAACGACAACAGUAAAUCAUGUAAACGAAGCCGGUGAUAUGAAACAACUAGUCAGGCCUGUAUCUAUGUAUGAAACACGAGAGGGACCGAAGAAUGAAAUAAAGCGUAACACACAAGCGGGCUUCAGCUUACCAUUAUCAGAAGAAGUCAUUCGUCACACUGACCACGUAACCAAAUGUAUACAAGAACUUUGGACUAAUAUUAGAUCAUCCGAAGCGUGCAAAGCAUUUGUUCCUGGAGCCGAUAAAAUCAGAGCAGCUAUUGUUGAGUUAAAUGCUUUGUUUCCACAUGUAAUUAUCGUUUAUCAAGGUAUUAACGAUGAUGUCAUAAAAUCAGCAUUGUGGUCGUUAAACACGAACACUACCCAACUGCAGCUUGAAUGUGCGUGUUUAGAAGCCGGCGUCGAAAGAGUACGCAAUUGUUCAUUUAAUAUGGCCAAAGCUACUAAACAGUUAUUGACAAGAUUUUGACAUUACGACAUUUAUCAGCAUUUUUAUACUUCCUUAAAGAUAAAUACAUAUUUAUCUAUACAGAGUUCCUUUUAUUUAUUUUUUAAAUAACUAUGCAGGUAAAUCUUUUUUUAAUUAUACAAUCAUUACAGGGUCAUGUAUACAAAAAUUAUAAUUUAUUUAUUAACAAUCGUGUUACAUUUUUUUU